AUGUCUGAAGAUUCGGAUCAGGAAGUUUUUAACGAAAGAACAAUCGAACGGCUUGUGAAACUUCGAGCCGAAUAUACGGCCAAAAAUAUAACGGAAACACCACUUGUUCCAUCCAAACGUACUUCAACAAAUAAAAAAAAGAAUACUGAAAUCAAAAAACUGAGAUCUCCAAAUAAAGUCUUUGAAAAACAAGUGUCCAGUCCCGUUAUUAAAAAUGGUGGUUCAACUACAAAAAGUCGAACAGAAAUGUCUAAAACAUUUCACGCUUCAGGCAAAAACUCUCCUACUAAUGUUAAGACCGCGUUCUAUGAUUCAAAAACAUUAUUUGAGUUUUUCUCUCCCAAGGAACAAAACAAUUCAAGAACAGAUACAAAAGGUGAACGAUCUGAAGAGAAAUUGAUGAAAACAUCAAAUAACCCCAUCAGUACAUCCCAACCGAAAUAUUGGAGUUCAAAACUGACUUCUAUUUUUGGAAUAGAAGAAAAAGAUUCUUUGUUCAUAGAAAUAUCCGAUGACGAAAUUCCGCAUAAGACAGAAGAUGGAAAUCGUAAAUUAGAUCAUGAUUCAUUCAUAGAUGAAAUGGAAACAGACGACGCCACAAAUUCUUCUUCUACAGGGGGAGAGUCAUUGAAAUCACUUUCUAAAGCGAAAGUGACCAAAUUAGAUCAAAAAAUUAAUGAUACAAGUAAUUUAAUGACAGAGGCAAAAUCUUCUCGUGACGAUUCGGAUUUCGAUGUUAUGGAUAAAAAAGUGGAAUAUUUAAUGGUUACAAGUGAAUUGAUGCAAAAAUCGGAGUCACCUCUUGAGAAUUCUGAUCUCAAUAUACGUAACGUUAAUAUUAAAACAGUAAUUGAUACAAAAAGAAUCGAAUCAAAACCAAUUCUUGCAGAAUCUGAUAUUACAGAAAACAACUUAACCAAUAUACCUCAAGAUUCUAAAAAUCCUUCCACAUGGAAAGAAUUUUUUAGCUUUAAACAGACCACUUCAUGUGAAAACAAGGCCACUUCAUAUGAAAGCAAAAUUUAUACGCCAAAGCCAUCAUAUCCGUUCAAAUAUGGAUAUCAAAAGAAUAAUACCAGAAUCCCGAAACAAGCGAAAGAAAUUCCAUUUUAUAAAAGGAUUCCAGUUGUUACCGGGAAUUUAUUAAUUCAACAGUUAAAAGUUAAUAAAGAAUACGUUAAGAAAUUACCUAUGAAUGAAGAAGUUGAGAUUGAAAGCACUGGAAUCAAAGUCACCUUAAUUGAUGCAAAUCAUUGCCCUGGAUCCGUAUUAUUUUCAUUUAAAGAUAAACUUGCUAAUGGAGAAGUUAUGCGGUAUCUUCAUACCGGAGAUUUUCGUGCGUGCCCCCGUCAAAUCCUUCAUUCAGCAGUAAAUGACCCUAAAAAUUCCGAUAUAGAUAUCUUAUAUCUGGACACCACAUAUUUGAAUCCGAGUUAUUGUUUUCCAGCUCAAGAACUUGUUGUAAGUGCUGUUAUACAAUUAAUCAAAGACUCGGUGAAGAACGGAGAACUGCUUCCUUUGAAAAAUAAGAAAAAAGUCAACAAGAAACAACCAGACAAAUCACAGCUUUCAUUGACUCAAUGGUUCAAGGGUAGUUCGCAAGUAACUGCAAGCAAUGAUUGUGUAAUUAAAGAGAUUGAAUGUGAGAAGAUAAUUAAUUUAAGCGUAUGUACUACCAAUCUGAGUAUUCAAGAACAAGAAGUCAAAUUGAAAGAUAGUAAAAUUCUGGUUGUGGUUGGGACAUAUUUGAUUGGGAAAGAGAAAUUAUUUCUGGGAAUCGCAAGAGCACUACAUUCAAAAAUUUAUGUGUUGGAUAGUAAACGAAAGAUUCUUUUAUGCCAAGAAAACUCUGAAAUGGAACAAUUACUAACAAAUAAUCCCCACGAAGCUUCUGUUCAUAUCGUUUCAAUCCGUGAACUAAAACCUGAGGCAUGA